CCACGAUCUGCCCACAUUUUCUACCUGACUAUUCGGGAACAGGAAAACUCUAAAGAUGGUUAAAUCAGCGCUGUCUGUGCUCUUGGUCCUGGUAGCCAUUUCCUCUACCUUUGCUGCAAAAUAUAUCCCCAAGAGUGGGAAGAGGGUCCCACAGACUCUGUCCAGAGGAUGGGGCGAUCAGCUGAUAUGGGCUCAGACUUAUGAGGAGGGUCUUUACUGGUCCAGGUCAAAGAACAAGCCCCUGUUGGUCAUCUUUCACCUUGAAGACUGCCCACACAGCCAGGCGCUGAAGAAAGUCUUCUCCGAGGAUAACGAGGUCCAAAAAGUCCUUGAUGAGGACUUCAUCGUCCUUAAUCUGGUGUAUGAAACCACAGACAAACAUCUGUCCCCUGAUGGCCAGUAUGUUCCCAGGCUCCUUUUUGUUGACCCCUCAAUGACAGUGAGGGCUGACAUCACUGGUCGCUACGCCAACCGCAUGUAUGCCUAUGAACCAAGUGACAUCAAACUCUUGGUUGGCAACAUGCAGAAAGCUAAGAAGCUUCUGAAGUCUGAGCUGUGAGCACCAGGAAGACACACUGAUGCUGAUCCACAGCUGCUUUCUCCACAGUUUACAUAUGAGAAACAACGCACUGGAAAAAUUCUUCUUUUCACCUUCACUUGAAAUGUUUUCUCCCUGAUUUCCUUCCUAAUGCUUGUUAUUAUUACUGUACGACAGGAAUAUUGAGUAAAUAAAUGAAGCUGUUCUCACUGA